AUGUAUCCAGAUCGAAAACUCCUGUGACAAAGAUUCGAACCUUCAGGAUCGGAAAGUCAGGAGUCGAGUCAUGAAGCUUCAGAGGUAGAGAAAAGACUUGAUUUUAGUGAGUCUCUUCAGGUCGAGGAUCUGGAUUUUGGUAAGGGAGAAGGUGAAAAUAGCUUGAAAGGAAUUUUAUAUAUGGUAUUAUGCGCUUUUUGAUUCGCUGGAGUCGGAUUUGUGAUAAAAUGAAUCUAUCAUAAUUACACUGAGGUCGGAAUAUUUGAUAUAUUACUGAUUAGGUGAUGAUUAACAACUAUUGUGUAUUAUUUCGUAGCGAAAGUUCUAAAGGUGAAUUUAUUUGAAAUUAAUCCUGGAAUGGCCACAAUUCUGAUGUUAAGAGUCUUCCUAGGUAUCAUAGCAAUAGGAUCUCUUGUAGCAAGUAUGAGGUACUUACCAGCAAGCAUAGCAAUGAUGAUUUAUAAUAUCAAUCCUAUCUUAGUGAUGAUUCUCGCAUAUUUUAUGCUUUCAGAACAGCUGAAUUUAAUUAAAAUUGUUUGCUGAUUUGGAGCAUUUGCAGGAAUAGUAAUCAUUGGACUAGGAAGGAAUGAAAAUUCUCAAAGCGAAGGUGAAAUUCUUGGCAUCCUUCUUGCAAGUAUUGCAUGCAUUUCAGAUAGUUUUUCUUUUACCUUGACAAGAAAACUAAACUUGGAAAUCCACUAUAUUUUAAAUCCAUAUUAUCUCAGUCUUGGAUGACUUUUAACCUCAGUACUAGUUCCGCUAUUUUAUUCUGAUCUGCUGCACCCAGAGAAUUAUUCAGUUCCACAAAUUUUACUAUGCUUAAGCGAUGGAAUAUUAGCACUCCUAGCUUACCUUUUCCUAUCCCUGGCCUACAAACACACACAUGCAUCAACAGUAUCCCCACUAAUCUACCUGGACUCACUCCUCAACCUGCCCACUGACAUCCUCUACUUCAGUUACUCCUUCUACAUCACAGAUUUGGUCGGCUCAGUUCUCUGCUUUAUAUGAGUCCUGGUCCCAGUCAUCCGGCUUCUCUGCAGACCUAAAUAAUUAAGCUAAAAGUGGGCAUUAAAGGCGGAUGUUCAGAAUUCAGUAGAAGGGAUUUUGGAGAUUUG